AUGGCUGUAGACCAUGUGGGUUGGCAGGAGACCAAGCGGCGGGGGACAAGCCAGGCAGAGCAUGAUGGCAACUACUGCGAGAGCUGGCAAACAGGAUCGGAGGCGAUGAGGAUGCUGGUUGACUUUCUACUGGGGAGUUGGCUGCACUGUGAAUUGCCAUCAGGAGGAGCCUUGGACAUAACCACUCUUGUAGCCUACCUCAACCCUUCGACAGAUGCACCACACUUCCUUGUGGAGUUCAUAAAAAGCAGUCCCACGUCUCUAGUUCUCUUACUGGAUCUACUGCCAAGGAAGGACCUUGUGCUCCACCAGGACUACCUUGACACAUUCUACAGUGAUACCAAGUUGGAAAGAUGGCGGCAAGAAUUAGAGAAACUCCCGGAGGUUCAGCCCUACUUCCUUUCCUCUCUUUAUCUGCGUACCUUUUUUUCUCCCACAGCCAAUUUGAUUCGUAUAGAUUGUGGUUUCAAAGAGGGGGAGCCAGUGGAACAGGGCCGCUUGGAUGAGAUCAUACAUGGUCAUAUUGGUCCCAUUGCUAAGGAAGUCUUAGGGAUCUGGUUGGAUCAUUGUGCUUGCAGAGUAGGGGGUAGAGAGGUUGGUGAGUCCGAUAAGGCCCUUUUGAGAAAGAGGGACCAUCUAAUUAAAGACUCUGCAGUAAAAAUCGAUCUUGUCUCCAACUUGCCAAGGUUGUUUGAUCCUGAUGUGGCAAGCCGAGUCAUUAGUGCUAUACAGGAGUUUUUUGAUGUAUAAUAGUUAUGAACUACAAUAAUGUAAAGGGACGGGUAGUAUAUUUAUGGAUUUUCCAUUUUGAGUAUAUAAUUGUCAUCUUCAUCAUUAAUAUCUAAGAGAUUGUGGGAUCUUGUAUGUAGGAGUAUUAGUUUAGAGGAGUUUGUAUCAUGAUUUAUAGGUAGCCACAGUUGUAUUAAUUUCAGAAAUGAAUUGGAAGCUCAAUCCAUUUGAGUGUA